AUGCUCGGCAUCAGCGAGACCGAGCUGUAUGCUCUAGGGCUGUCGACCUUCGCGGGCCUGACCACGACGAUCGGGGCCACCCUGGCGAUCGUGAAGCGCCCUGAUCGCAGCCUGCUGGCCUUUUUGCUCGGACUGGCGAUCGGCGUGAUGUCCAGCCUCUCCGUCGUCGAGCUGUGGUGGCACUCGGCACAGGAGCACGGCAUGGUGUCGGCGACGGUCGCGGUGGUCCUCGGAGCGGCGUUUUUCACCUUCCUGCGCCCGCUUAUCCCCGAGGUCUCGCUCCCCUACGAACACUCGCACAAAGACAUCGACGUGCCCGCUGCGAGGCCCGCCCAGAGCAGCGCGGACCGUCGGCGCCGCAGGCACGCCCCCUCGUCCGGCAGCGAGCGCACCAGCUCCAACAGCGCCGCGAGCGACGGCGCGCCCGCGGCGCCCGGCCCCGGCGCGCCGCCGACGCUCGCCCAGCGUCGCGAGCUCCUCCGCCUCGGCGUCCUCAUGGCGGUGACGAUGACGCUGCACAACAUGCCCGAGGGGGUGGCGGUGGCGUCCUCGGCCUUCACGGGCCUCGGCCCCAUCAUGUGCCUGGCGAUCGCCGCGCACAACAUACCAGAGGGGAUCGUGGUCGCCGCGCCGGUGUACGCCGCGACGGGGUCGCGCUCGCAGGCGUUCCUCCUCGCGGCGGCGUCCGGCCUGAGCGAGCCGGUCGGCGCGGUCGUCGCGCUGGUGUUUCUGCGGCAGGUGGACACCAGCCAGUGGAUGGGCGUCCUCCUGGCGUUCGUGGGGGGCAUCAUGACCGCGGUGUGCGCCACGGAGCUGCUGCCCGAGGGCCGAAAGUGCGACAGCCCGCGUCAACUCGCCCUGGGGACCGUCGUCGGCGCGGCGGUCAUGGUGUGGACGCUCCAAGUGGGCGCGUGA